AUGGACGACGACCCUGUCAAGCCUCCUGGGUCGGCCCAGGGCGAAGAUGAGCAGGACCUGGCUGCAAUGGGCCACGUCCAGGCUCUUUCGCGCAAAUUCAGCAUCCCGAGCAUGCUGGCCCUGGCGUUUUGCGUGCUGGGAACCUAUUCGACCUUCGCCCAGGAUCUCAGCAGUGGCCUCACCAACGGCGGCGCGAUCACCAUCCUCUGGGGCCUGGUGCUGGUCACCGCGUGCAACAUCUGCGUCGCCGUCUCCCUCGGCGAACUGACCAGUAGCAUGCCCACUGCGCUCGGGCAGGCGUACUGGGUGCACCGGCUUUGGGACACGCCCAGUGGUCGCUUUCUCUCGUACAUGACCGCCUGGAUCAACACGUUUGGCUGGUGGACCCUGACGGCCUCCCAGGUCGCCUUCAUGGCGGAGUUUCUGCUCGGCAUGAAGACCUUGUUCGACCCCGACUGGGAUGGCGCUGACAAGGGGUGGCUCCAGUUUGUUGUUUAUAUUGGUGUCGUCUUUGUCCUGACAUUGACCAACGUCGUCAGCUGUCGAUCCGACAAGGUCCUCCCAUGGAUAAACAACUUCGUCGGCGUCUGGUUCACCGGCCUGUUCGUCAUCCUCUCCCUGGCCCUCCUCAUCGCCGUCGGCAUCAAACCGGGCCUAUCAUACCAACCGGCCUCCUUCGCCUUUGGCGAGUGGAUGAACCGCACCGGCUGGUCCGACGGUGUCGUCUGGUUCACUGGCCUCGUUCAAGCAGCCUACGGUCUAACAGCCUUCGACGCCGUCAUCCACAUGGUCGAGGAGAUGCCGUCCCCGCGCCGUAAUGCCCCGCGGAUAAUCUGGCUCGCCGUCCUCCUCGGCGCCAUCACUGGCUUCAUAUUCUUGCUCAUCUGCCUCUUUUGCAUCCAAGACAUCGACGGUGUCGUCAACGCAGACCUCCCCUUCAUCGAACUCAUGCUGGAAACAGUCGGCCUGAAAGCCGCCGCCGUGCUCAUUUCCUUAUUCAUCUUCAAUGGCCUCGGCCAGGGCGUCAGCAUCCUGACCACGGCCUCCAGGCUCACCUGGGGUUUCGCUCGUGACGGCGGUCUCCCUUGGAGUCCUUACUUUUCCCUCGUUGACCCGUAUUGGAAAGCACCCGUCCGGGCCCUCUGGAUGCAGGGUGUCCUCAUUGCCCUCGUAGGCAUCCUCUAUCUCUUCGCAAGCACAGUCCUCGAGGCAAUCCUCAGCGUCAGCACCAUUGCGCUUACCAUUUCCUACGGGAUCCCCAUCUCCACCUUAUUGAUUGUCGGCAGGGAUAAGCUCCCGCCAGGCCAUUUCCGCCUUGGCCGCUGGGGGGCGCCCAUUAAUUGGAUCAGUAUCAUCUACUGUAUCAUCACGACGAUCUUCUUUUUCUUCCCCGGCGAACCGAGCCCAGCGCCGGCAGAUAUGAAUUACGCCAUUGCGGUGUUUGGUGUGAUGCUUGUUGUGGCGCUGGGGUUCUGGUUCUUGCGGGGGCAUCGCACGUAUCUCCAGACGGACGAUGCGGUUGCGCAGAUGUUUAUUGCCCGGAGGUUGGAGGCGGACGGAGUGGGAGGAGGAGAGGAGGGAGAAAGGCAGAAAAUGUCCUAG